AUGCCUACAGGGAAAAUCGGGGGUGUUCUGAUUAAACAAGGAGCUUUUCUCAGAUAUUCGCUCACACCAGAGGUUGUAGAGCAGCAAGGAACUGUCACCUGUAACGAAAAUGAAAUAAUAGUAGAGUUUCCCAGCUAUGUUGGCACCAAGACAUUGCAUGCAUCUGUGGUAGAUCCCCUUGGUGUUGAAAUGCUGAACUGUACCUAUAUCCUGGACCCAGAAAAGCUAACUUUAAGAGUUCCAUAUAAGGCCUGUACCAAGGCAGUGCACGGCGGACACCAGAUGAGCAUCAGAGUCAUGAACAACAGUGCUGCUUUAAGACACACAGAUGUUGAGUAUCAGUUCUUCUGCCCAGUAGAACAGACCCUGGAGUUCUCAAAAUCAGCAGUCUGCACUAAGGAUUUCAUGUCUCUUCCCUUUCCACAUAUUCCUACUGGCUUUGGUGAUAGCACUAUGGUAAACCAAUCUCAGAUGGGAUGGAUGGUUCAGGUUGGUCAUGGUCCAGGAGCCCAAACUCUAAGCCUGGAGGAGGCCAAAGGACAAGGAUUUGGUGUUCUGAUUGAUGACAACAAGAUGACCCUCAAUGUGCUAUUCAAUUCCACUGGAGUGACUCACUAUGUGGAAGGUACCAGUCAUCUCCACACCGUGUUUCUGAAGCUUUCAUUCGUAUCUCCUGGACAGAAGAUGACUUUCUCAUCACGAGCUAUUUGUUUGUCAGGUCCUGUGACGUGUAAUGCUACGCAUAUGACUCUCACCAUACCAGAAUUUCCUGGGAAGCUAGAGUCUGUGAGCAUUGAAAACAGGAACAUUACAGUGAGCCAGUUGCGUGACCAGGGGAUUGAUGCAGAAGCAGUAAAUGGCUUAAGACUGCAUUUCAACAAAACUGUUCUCAGAACAAAAUUCUCUGAAAAAUGCCUCCAUGAUCAGCUCUACGUAUCUUCACUCAAGUUGACCUUUAACUUGGAACUGGAUACAGUAUCCACAGUGAUUAAUCCCGAGUGCCUUUGUGACUCACCAGCUUCUAUAGUUUCAGGUGAGCUUUGCACCCAGGAAGGGUUUAUGGACUUUGAGGUCUACACCCACCAAACCAAACCAGCUCUCAACUUGGAUACCCUCAGGGUGGGACGUUCAUCCUGCCAACCUGUCUUCAAGGCUCAGUCGCAGGGGCUGGCAAGGUUUCACAUACCUCUGAAUGGAUGUGGAACAAUACACAGGUUUGAAGAUGAGAAAGUCAUUUACGAAAAUGAAGUACAUGCUCUCUGGGAAAAUCUUCCUCCAAGCAAAAUAUCCAGAGACAGUGAAUUCAGAAUGACAGUGAAGUGCUAUUACACCAGAGAUGACAUUCUACUCAAUGCCAAUAUCAAAAGUCUUCCUCCUCCUGUGGCCUCGGUGAAGCCAGGUCCACUUGCUUUGAGCCUGCAAACCUACCCAGAUGAGUCCUAUCUGCAGCCUUACAGGGUCAAUGAGUACCCUAUAGUGAAAUACCUCCGCCAACCAAUUUACAUGGAAGUGAGAGUCCUAAAUAGAAAUGACCCCAAUAUCAAGCUGGCCCUAGAUGACUGCUGGGCAACAUCUUCCAAGGACCCAGCAUCUCUCCCCAAGUGGAGUAUUAUCAUGGAUGGAUGUGAGUAUAGCCUGGACAACUAUCAAACUAACUUCCACCCAGUUGGCUCCUCUAUGACCCAUCCUGAGCACUACCAGAGGUUCGAUGUGAAGACCUUUGCCUUUGUAUCAGAGGCCCAAGCACUCUCUAGCCUGGUCUACUUCCACUGCAGUGCCUUAAUCUGCAAUCAACACUCUCCUGACUCUCCUUUGUGCUCUGUGACUUGCUCUGGGUCAUCUAGACACAGGCGAGCCACAGGGAACAUUGAAGAGGAGAGAGUGACAGCCAGCCUCCCAGGACCCAUUCUCCUGUUACCGAAUGGCUCUUCUUUCAGAGGUGUUGGAGAUUCCAAGGAGCAUGGGAUGGCUGGAGAUGUUGCUUCUAAAACAAUGGCUGCUGUGGCUGCCUUAGCAGGUGUAGUGGCAACUCUAGGCUUCAUCAGUUACCUGUGUAAAAAGAGGACCAUGAUAAGUCACUAA